AUGUCUACUGCUACAGUUCGUGAUCUUCAGAAUUAUGUUUUCAAUAAUAAAGAAGAAAUAUUAAUUUCUUCCUGUAAAGUUAGCAAAUUUCUGAAGAAAAAGAAAAUAUCCUUUUUAUGUCUUGUUAGCGUAACAGGUGUACCUGUUAAUAUCAAUCUUGUUCAAAUAAAACAAACCGAUAGACAAGUGUUCAAAAGAAAACGUAGUUGGACAUUAGUAGAACUUAAAUCUGUAGAUGGACAUAAGGAAUCUACAGAGAACUUAGAGUUUGAUUUGUACCUAGAUAAAGUAUACAGAUGGGUAGCCCUAAAUACUCAAGAGCGACAUUCUUUUAUUCACAAUCUUUGGAAAUAUUCCAUGAAAUAUUUUUUAAGUGACAAACCAGUUUUUAAGAACAUUCCCAAAAUGUGGAUUACAGAAGAUGCUACUAUACCAGAGAAGUUUGAUAACAAUAUGCUGCCGCUAGAUCAUGAGAUGGUUGAAGAUUUUCAAGUUAAUACAGAAAAAGAACAGGAAGAUUUAAAAAGAUUAAUGACUGGCUGUGAAUUUGCUAUUAGCAAUGCUGAAGCGUUUAUGGAAGUAUUAGCUAGGGAUUUGUCCCUCUUAGAUGGGGAAAAUAUUCACUGUGUGUUAGCCUCUGAAGAUCAAGUUGAAGCCCUAAUGGAUCAUCUAGAAUUAGCUUUAAAUGAAGUUGAUAGAAUGGAGACUCAGUUAAAUGAUUAUGAUGAAAUUCUGUGCCAUGUUAGGGAUACAAUGGAGAAAAUGGAACACAAAAAUUCGACUUUGUCUACAGCCAAUAUGAACAAUCAAUGGUUGAUGAAAGAGUUAGAAAAUUUAACGGAAAAACUUGAUCUAUCACAUGCACAUCAAAAAAUCUUAGAAGAUGCUGACUUCACUACUGCUAAAGGUCUUUCACAGGCAGUGGAAGCAGCUAAUGCCUUGAAAAGAGUAAUGAAUUCAGAUAUAGAUAAGUCACUUCUUCAAAUGGCUGCAGUACAAGAACAAAGGAAACAAUUUAAUAAGUUGAAGGACAAAUUUUCAAGAAAUAUAUGCAGACAAUUUAAUAACUUGUUUAUUCAUUUUGGAAAUCAUAAAGGAGAAGCAGAGAAGAGUGCAGAUAGUUUAGUUUUACCUCAACAUAGUGGAGUUCAUAAAGAACUGUAUCCAUAUACUGAAUUGAUUCAUUGGAUUAAGGUAAUGGAUAAACAGAUGUAUGAAUCUUUAAAAGAAAUUUAUACUAGUUCUUUGGGAAAACUUUAUGACAGAGAUUUAAAAAAUCUAUUUAAUGUAGCAAGGGAAAAAAUUGCAGUGUAUGGAAAUGUAGUUUCACCUACCACAAUUAUUGGCCUUGAUAGAGAUCAGUGGACUUUGGAAACCAGUACUAAAGAUAGAGAAAGAUAUGAUUUAGUAUUAGAGCAAGUACUCACACAGCUAGAACCUGUGUUUAUGCAAGAACAACAGUUUUGUUUAAAGUUCUUCCAGUUGGAUGUAAUCAGUAGUCCUAAAGCCUUGGAUUAUAGUAUAGAAAGUGACGCUGUAACAGCUAGAAAAAUUGAAAAACAGAUUGAUGAAGACAUCAAGAACAUGAUGAGCAGUCUAUUUGCCUGUUUAAAACCCGAACUUGAUAUGUUGAUCGAUUAUAUUAAAAAACAGGACAAUUUUUAUUGCAUGUAUGUUUUGGUACGGCUCAACCAACAUGUGAUGUCCGCACAAAGCUCAUUCCUUAGCAACACAUUUGGCUCAUUGCUUAUCGAAGUCAAAAGGUCUUUGGAUCAAUUUAUGCAGCAACAGAUCGAAUCGAUUAAAGAAUGUAGAAUAUCGAAGAAAUCAAAAUGUGGAAUACUACCCUACGUACUCAAUUUAGAAAUAUUCGCCAAAAAUGCUAACUGUCUCUUGAAAAGUGACCGUGCAGCAGAUCUCGAGAAAUGGUACACUCGGUUGGUUGAUACCAUGUUGGAAUAUAUCGCAGUGCAUGCGAUUGAUCAUAAAACGCCUCCACAGGUUAUUAAAAUGGAAAAUUAUCAUCAUCUGUAUUCGCUAUUGUCACAAUUGAAAAUCUCAGUUUUGGAUAGUCAACGAAAGGAAGCCAAACAAAAGUAUAAUGAUGCUCUCACUGCUUAUGUCACCUUAUAUUUUGGAAGACCAUUGGAAAAAUUGAAUAACUUUUUUGAUGGAGUUCAGGCGAGAGUCGCUAGUGGAAUAAAAGCUUCUGAAGUCAGUUAUCAAUUAGCAUUCAGCAAACAAGAAUUAAGAAAAGUUAUUAACCAAUAUCCAGGAUCACAGGUUAAAAAGGGUCUAGAGUCUCUAUAUAAAAAGGUAGAAAAACAUUUGUCGGAAGAAGAAAACCUUUUACAGGUAGUAUGGAGAGCGAUGCAAGAAGAAUUCAUCAGGCAAUACAAAACCUUAGAGGAUAUAAUACAUCAGUGUUAUCCGGGCUCCAUGAUCUCGUUAGAAUUUACCAUCGAGGACAUCUUAAUGUUCUUUUCCGAUAUUGCUCAAUCUCAUUGA